AUGUCCCAGGCCACCACCUGCCCCAAGCAUCAGGGGGAUGGCGGAGAGAGGCCCCCACCACUGCCACCACCACCAGGAUCGCCGCACAUUUUCUCUUCGGAGACGCUGUUCCGACAGGCAGGUGGGGUCACCUACCGCAUCCCGGCUCUGCUCUACAUCCCCCCGGAUGAUUCCUUCCUGGCCUUUGCCGAGAAGCGCUCCUCGGCCCGGGACGAGGAUGCCAAGUACCUGGUGCUGCGGCGGGGCCGCCGGCACGGCUCUUCGGUCAAGUGGGGUCCCGUGGAGGAGCUGUCGGCGCUGGCGCUGCCCCGCCACCGCACCAUGAACCCGUGUCCUCUCUACGACGCCAGGAGCGGCACCGUCUUCCUCUUCUGCAUCUGCGUGGAGCAGGGCAAGACGGAGCGGUGCCAGAUCUGGAGCGGGUGCAGCGCGGCGCGGCUCUGCUUCGCCAGCAGCGCCGACGGCGGGCGCGGCUGGAGCGCGCUGCGGGACGUGACGGGCGAGGCCAUCGGCGCCGACCUGGCCCGCUGGGCCACCUUCGCCGUGGGGCCGGGCCACGGCGUUCAGCUGGGCUCGGGGCGGCUGGUGGUGCCCGCCUACGCCUACUACGUGCACGGGUGUCUGUGCGGGGCCCUGCGGCUGCCCUGCUUCACCCGCCAGCAUUCCCUCGUCUUCUACAGCGACGACGGCGGGCGCCGCUGGCACAAGGGCGCGCUGCUGGACGGGGAGCGGACGGGCGAGUGCCAAGUGGCCGAAAUCCCGGGCGGGCAGCAGCCCCUGCUGUACUGCAGCGCCCGUGCCCCGCGGGGCUGCCGGGCCGUGGCGCUCAGCGCGGACCAAGGGCUGCGCUUCCAGCGGCCGGCGCCGUGCCCGGCGCUGGGCGAGCCCCCGCGGGGCUGCCAGGGCAGCGUGGUCAGCUUCGCCGCCGCCGAGGCGCGCACCUGGCUGCUCUACUCCCACCCCACCGACCGGCACGGCCGGCGCGAUCUCGGCCUCUAUGUGAACCCCUCGCCGCUGGACGGGGCGGGCUGGAGGCGGCCCUGGCUGCUGCGUGCGGGCCCGGCCGGCUACUCCGACCUGGCCGUGUGCCCCGGCGGCGUCGUUGGGUGCUUGUUCGAGUGCGGCGCCAGCAGCGCCUGCGAGGAAAUCGCCUUCUGCCUCUUCACCCUGGACCUCUCUGGCGAUCAGGAGCUGAAGGCUUCCUAAAAUAGACCCGUUUUAGGCAGUGCAGUCACUACUGAGCAUCGGCAGCCGGGUCCAGUGAGCGCGGCAGUGCCGAGGCAUCACCAGGAUAUUUCAGAGGCUCAGCGUCAUGUACCUUUUAUUUAAUUAUGCCUUUUUAAUCACCCGUCAGAUUCUGUCAGGGACCUGCGGCAGGGGAGUGGAGGAUGUGCUCUGGCUUGGCCAAGGGGGAUGCCGGCACAGCGUACAAAGUGCCGCUGCUUCUCCAAAAGGCAGCAUUUUUCACCUGGUAGCAGCUGAAGAGCAGAAGGUGCCAGCAAGAGCAGCUGAUUCGACGAGGAAAAAGUACCCAAAAAUCUUAGUUCCGUUAAAAAUGUUCCAGUUCCUGUGUUCCUGCAGGUGGCGGAGAAUUCCCAGUUUUUACCAUUUUUAUCCUGUUUUCUUCACUUGCCUGCUUUAGGCUGAGUUUCUCCCUUCCUCCUGGGAAAAAGAGCUCUGAAUUUGGGAGGGGGCGAUGUAGGG